AAGUGAAAACCAUGUUGAUAGAGCAUAAACGGACAUGAUGGAGUCAUGGGUAUGGAUGUGGAUUAAGACUGGGAAAGGAGACAUGAUACUGAUUCAUUAAGUAAAAAUAGUCAAAUUUCAGUGCAGGAUCUGGACUGUAGGUGAAAUAAUGGGCCUUGGUGUUUGACAACAGGAGAAUAAGAGGUGGUAUCAGGGUAAGCAGCAAAGAGGAAGAGGCAAUAACUCCCAAGACUGGAUGCUGACAGUCUCUGGUAACCAGAAAAGGCAAAUAUAAACAAAGAGGUGAGCGACGAUGCCUGGUGUGUUGACAGUUGCGAAAUACAGGAAGGGUGCUGCAGCAAGGCCGCCGGUCAAAGUGGUUAACUGGAGAUCUGAGCUAGGCUGUGACGCGCGGCCCUCACGUGACCAGGAGCCUAUGUCUGCCCAAGUCCCUCUCGUACAGGUCCUUUUUGCUUGUCCAGACACCGUCUGCCUACUGCCCUUUGGUCAAGGGGAAAAAGCAGGAGGAAGUCUGCGGGUCACAGCGGUGCGCCUCGAGGAGAGGAGGCCUAGAGCAAACCGCCAGGAGAGGUCCAGAGGAUCCUCAACAUGGAAAAAUCAUGCAAAGAAAAUGAGGAACAGCCAGAGAGCGCGCCCAAGACGGAUGAGGAACGGCCUCCUGCGGAACACUCUCCCGUAAAGCAGUCUCCGGAAGAACCGUCUUCCGAGGAGCAGUCGUCAGAGGAGGAGUUCUUUCCUGAGGAGCUCCUUCCUGAGCUCCUUCCCGAGAUGCUCGUGUCCGAGGAGCGCCCUCCUCCGGAGCGCCUUUCUAGAAGGGACCUUUUUGAAGAGCGCCCUCCCAUGGAGCAGCCUCCUUGUGGAGUGGGAAAACAUAAGCUGGAAGAAGGAAGCUUCAAAGAGAGGCUGGCUCGCUCUCGCCCGCAAUUUAGAGGGGACAUACACGGCCGAAAUUUGAGCAACGAGGAGAUGAUAAAGGUGGCAGAGGAGAUGGAAGAAAUGAAAAGAGUACGAAACAAAUUAAUGGUCAUGCAUUGGAAGGCGAGGCGGAACCGUCCUUAUCCUAUUUAAUGUGUUCGGCCUUUAAUUGUUUCCCCUGAUAGAAGGUUGCCACCUGAACUUUGUUUGCAUUUUCUCAUGUCAUGCACUUUCCCCAUCUCAAUUUUAACUUUUUGCGUGGCUUUAUUUUAGGUGUUUUGCUUGUAACUGGCAUAAAAUUGGGUUUUCCCCACCCAAAAGCUGCAAGUCUCCCUCUCACCCAUUUGCAUGAAAAGGUGUACAUUAUAUAUUGUGAAGUGAAAACAAUUUUCAAAAAGUAUAUGUAGCAUCCCAUUUUUGUAAAAAAUGUAUAUUUGUAUAUUAUUAUGCAAAGAAAAAACUGAAAGUAUAUACUUAAAUGUCUUAACAGUGGCUAUCCAUGUGGUAAAAUAACAGGUGUUUUGGUUUUUCAUUUUGCUUAAUGGGAGCUUCUCAUUUUUCAAGACAAACAUAUUGCUUUUGUUGAGAAAAACAAUAUGGGGAAAAAUUUAAAAACUGUCAAUCAACUUAUAAAGACAAUGUGGCACUUAAUAAAUACUUGUCAGAACUUUAAAGAAAAGUAAA